AUGGGCCUCCUCAAGAACUCCCUCCUGCUCCAAGGACAGCUGCGGCAGGCUACGGCCGCGGCGGCAGGCGCCGCCGCGGGAGUGGGGCGGCGCGGCGUGGCGACGUCGACGGAGGAGUACAUGCGCCGCAACUACGCCAACAAUGUCUCCGAGUACAACACCGUCAUCGGGUCCCUCGUCCAGCAGCGCAGGCCCUACCUGCUUCGUGAUGCCUACGAUGACAUGCUACUCGACGGGGUGCAGCCUGUGCGUGAUACAUUCCACAACCUCAUAGUCGGCACCAUGAAAGGCAGCCGGCUACAAGAUGCUUUCUACUUCCGUGACCAGAUGAGAGAAAUGGGCUUGCAGCCUGAUGUUAACCUAUACAAUUUUCUGAUUUCCACUUGCGGGAAAUGCAAGAACUCGGAUGCGGCAAUCUUGCUUCUGGAAGAAAUGAAAGCACAUGGCGUUAAGUUGAAAGGAGAAACCUACAUUUGUCUCUUGAAUGCACUUGCAGCAACUGGGUGUACUGAUCAAGUUUAUGCUAUAGUUCGUGAUAUGACCGCCGCUGGACUUGGAUUAAACAAGUUUUGUUAUGCUGGACUAAUAACUGCAUUCAAGAACAAGACACCAGCCAGUGAAGAUACUCCGGCAAAAAUUCUUGAGUUCGUCCAGCAGUCAAAAGGUUGGCAGUAUGUUGAAAGGGUAGCAAACGAUAGUGCUGAGAAUAUAAUGAUGAAUGUGUCAGACGAAGAGCUAUACAACUUGCCAACAGCAGAAUUUGCACAUAGAAGAGGAUUUAUAUUUAAGCAGUUAACUAUUUAUCAUGUUGCUAUCCAUGCUUGUGCAGACUUGGGGAGCAAAGAGACACUCGAAGCACUUCUUGACAUGUUCUCUAAAGAGAAUUUUAAUUAUGAUGCCUUCAUUGUGAUGCAAGCUGUAAGGUGUUAUCUUCGAUGUGGAGAUAUUGAUUCCGCUGUUAAGAUGUUUGAAGAGUUUUCAAGCUCGAAACCCACACCCGCAGAGCUGUAUGUGACACUUGCCGAGGGAGCUAUGAUAGGGUAUACUCCAAGAGGAUUGGAAGUUGCUCAAGCAACCUUGGAGAAAAUGACUGAAAGAAAAUUCUUCUUGAAUCCCAAGAUGGGGACGGAUCUUCUACUAGCGGCUUCUGGUGAAAAGACUGGUGGAUAUACAACUGCAAAUUAUAUCUGGGAUAUGCUGCAAACCCGCAAUAUAAUUCCAGCAUUUCCUGCUGUUGAAGCAUACUACAAGGGAUUGAAGGAGCGAGAAAUUCCUUCGGACGAUCCACGGCUUGUCAAUGUUGCCCGUGUUUUGGACAACCUGCAACUCCGGCUUGGGCCGAGGAGAAAUUUUCAGUAA